CUUGGCACCUCCGCAGCAGGGGAAUCCGCGAGUAGUAAGAAAAUCGCAGAUCUUCAAUCAAAGGUGACCGAGCUGGCGGCGCGACUUCGCGAUGCGAAGAAUGUACUUGUACUGCUAGGUGCCGGGGCUUCGGCUGAUUCGGGUAUUUCUACUUUUCAGAACAUCAAGACGCUGCUCUAUUCCGCGGAAGUGCAGCCGAUAUCACAGGAAAAGGCGCCUGCAAGAAGAAGAAGAAGUCAAUCUGAAAGAAAAAGAGGCAGCAGGCAUUUGGACGAAACAAGUGAUAGGAAUGAUUUGGAUGCAUACAACGAGGAAGUAUUGACUACCUACGAGUUGGUCGAGACCGACAAGAAAACUUUUUUCAAGACCAAAAAGAGUCUGCACUUUCUCUACUCCUCUGCCAUCGAACUACCUUCCGACCCUCCAAUUUUCCGUCGUGCGAAGAAACACACAUGGAGCGCAGACGCGCCCGGACCUUGUGCACCCAUGAAAGCCUACGUAGGAGACAUGGAGCAACAAGACGAACAAAGAACUGCAGGUGUAAACUGCCAGAUGCCGCAAGUGUCGCUACAAAAGGCGCGCGGAAAAGAAAAACAAGAGAAACACCGAUUGUGGGUCUCGUACGAAGACAUGCUCACUGUUUACACCGACCUUGCGGAGUCACCCUUUCCGUUCGGAUGGCACGAGUUUGAACAGUAUCGCAUAGUUUGCACCCUUUUUUUCGACAAAAUGGUGCAAACUUACAAAACAGCAAAAGCGCAUCUCGGCUAUUUGCAGCUACAGGCCGUGCUCGCGGACUGGAAGAGUGAUGACAAUACGGCAAGAUCAGGAUCUCACGCAGCAGAGAAAUCAUUGAUAGUCGCUACAACGAACUUGGAUCAGCUGUCGCAGUCCGUCUUCGGCGAACUGGCGACUCGGGUUGUGCCGAUGCACGGAAAUAUCGAUCGAAAACGCUUUCACCGAUACUUCGUUGGCAGUGAAGCAUCUUCGUCGACCAUUAAUACAACAGCAUUCGUUUCUGGGAGUGCGAUACGGUUCGACCAGGAUGGAACAAGGAAAAGCACGAAGCAAGAUGAUCGCAGAACAGCAGACUUGGGUGAUUAUCAGGACGUUUAUGCGAACUACCGCAACUUACCUUUAGUAUCGAAGCCAGAAGUCUUGCACUUUGCGGAGUCCUACACUCCACCUUUCACCAACUUUCUAGAUCUACUUGCGAGCGGUGGAAUGACAAUGGGAAUGAAACCGGCUUCCACGUCGUCGACCAGCCCAGUUCUUGCACCUACCACACUUUCUCGUUUACAACACAAGAGGCGCAGCAGCAACUCUCCUACUCCUGCACCUGGAGCAGAAGACGCAACCGCCCCUUUGCGCGUCGAGGCCGAGUCCCCGAAUGUCGAAGAUGUACUGGUGCUGGAAAUUGGUUGUUCGGAUCUGGUGCGGGUUGUCCCAAAUAUACGUCGAAAGCUCCUCGGCACCCGGAGCAAGGUAGCUGGCUACUUCCAGAUUAACCCUGCAAGCAGUUCCUCUACGAGCACUUCGCCCCUCGGGUCUUCGGCUGCGCGGCUGUUGGGGUCGCGAAGCGGUGUCUCCCAGCUGACAAGGAUACCGCUUUCCUUUCGCGAUUUUGGCAUGCAACUCUCGGAAACCUGGGGACUGGGGGGAAAUCAACAUCGGACAGAGCCGCGUACGGAGGAAGAAGAGGCUGUGGGCGGAGAAGAAGAAGACGACAGCAAAGCAAUUAUUUCGACGCUGUAGCCUCACGCGGUCUCACGCGCGACAGUUUUUUGUUUCUUUUAAUGUCAUCACGUACAUUAGGUGGAUUGAAUCUGAUUUUAGGCACUUUACAUUAGGAGGGACAUCGGCAUGCUCGAUACGAGAGUUCGCAUCUCUCUGUACCAGUUUUGAAGGUAAAUUCUACACAUAAAGAACCCUGCCCACAAGCACCUUUUGCAAUUGAUUCUUUCCACUGUUUCCAAAAUGCUUUGCUGGAGAAGGAACAAGAAAAUCCUGUAAGAGUUUGCUUCAUGAUUGCACUACAUAAAGAUUUUUUGGCGCGAU